UUGGACUAUGGGGGCCGGGAACAGGCGAUCUUGAGCCGGGUGUCCGGGGUCUCAGGGACUGUCACGUGUUCCCGAGGCGCUUCUAAAACCCUGGCGGCUCCGGAGCCCCUCCUUCCCACCACCGCCUCCAGGUCCUGCUCCUGCCGCCACCGCUUCCAUCUGGAGCAGAAGCGACCGCGCUCAGCCACGUACCCCGGAGUCCAGGCACCCGCAGCGGCCGGGGCAUCCCGAGGAUUCUAGUAUGGAGUUUAAGCUUGAGGAGCAUUUUAACAAGACAUUUGUCACAGAGAACAAUACAGCUGCUGCUCGGAAUGCAGCCUUCCCUGCCUGGGAGGACUACAGAGGCAGCGUAGACGAUUUACAAUACUUUCUGAUUGGGCUCUAUACAUUCGUAAGUCUUCUUGGCUUUAUGGGCAAUCUACUUAUUUUAAUGGCUGUUAUGAAAAAGCGCAAUCAGAAGACUACAGUGAACUUUCUCAUAGGCAACCUGGCCUUCUCCGACAUCUUGGUCGUCCUGUUUUGCUCCCCUUUCACCCUGACCUCUGUCUUGUUGGAUCAGUGGAUGUUUGGCAAAGCCAUGUGCCAUAUCAUGCCGUUCCUUCAAUGUGUGUCAGUUCUGGUUUCAACUCUGAUUUUAAUAUCAAUUGCCAUUGUCAGGUAUCAUAUGAUAAAGCACCCUAUUUCUAACAAUUUAACGGCAAACCAUGGCUACUUCCUGAUAGCUACUGUCUGGACACUGGGCUUUGCCAUCUGUUCUCCCCUCCCAGUGUUUCACAGUCUUGUGGAACUUAAGGAGACCUUUGGCUCAGCACUGCUGAGUAGCAAAUAUCUCUGUGUUGAGUCAUGGCCCUCUGAUUCAUACAGAAUUGCUUUCACAAUCUCUUUAUUGCUAGUGCAGUAUAUCCUGCCUCUAGUAUGUUUAACGGUAAGUCAUACCAGCGUCUGCCGAAGCAUAAGCUGUGGAUUGUCCCACAAAGAAAACAGACUCGAAGAAAAUGAGAUGAUCAACUUAACCCUACAGCCAUCCAAAAAGAGCAGGAACCAGGCAAAAACCCCCAGCACUCAAAAGUGGAGCUACUCAUUCAUCAGAAAGCACAGAAGGAGGUACAGCAAGAAGACGGCCUGUGUCUUACCCGCCCCAGCAGGACCUUCCCAGGGGAAGCACCUAGCCGUUCCAGAAAAUCCAGCCUCCGUCCGUAGCCAGCUGUCGCCAUCCAGUAAGGUCAUUCCAGGGGUCCCAAUCUGCUUUGAGGUGAAACCUGAAGAAAGCUCAGAUGCUCAUGAGAUGAGAGUCAAGCGUUCCAUCACUAGAAUAAAAAAGAGAUCUCGAAGUGUUUUCUACAGACUGACCAUACUGAUACUCGUGUUCGCCGUUAGCUGGAUGCCACUCCACGUCUUCCACGUGGUGACUGACUUCAAUGAUAACUUGAUUUCCAAUAGGCAUUUCAAGCUGGUAUACUGCAUCUGUCACUUGUUAGGCAUGAUGUCCUGUUGUCUAAAUCCGAUCCUAUAUGGUUUCCUUAAUAAUGGUAUCAAAGCAGACUUGAGAGCCCUUAUCCACUGCCUACACAUGUCAUGAUUCUCUCUGUGCACCAAAGAGAGAAGAAACGUGGUAAUUGACACAUAAUUUAUACAGAAGUAUUCUGGAUCUGAAUGCCAGUUCGUAAUCUACGUAAGAUCAUCUUCAUGUUAUAAUAUGGUUAAUUCAAUCAGUUGUACAGAGUCAAUGUCCAUCUAAUACAAUUUCAUGUGUUGAAGUAGUUUACAUUAUUUUCCAUUUUAUGUCAUUGGUAAUAAGUUGAGUGAUACUCUGUGGUUUAGUGUAAAAGAUAUAGCUAUCCAAAUUGUUACGUUGUACAAAAAUGUAUGAAGUGACAAGUUGUCCCAAAGAGCAUUUAACUACAGAUUUAAGGAAUUUCUAUUAUCUGGGUAUCUUCAUUUCUAUUUCACAGGCUUCUUAACAUUUUUUUUGUAAAAGUACAAAAAUAUUCAAAAGUCAGAACUCUAUUACAGAUGUAUGCAUAAAAGAUGAUUAUAAUUUUGUAGGAGAAAGAUCUGCUCCUAUUAGUGAAGAUUGGUAAAAUUGUCAGUUUAACCCGGCUGUCCUACUACUAAUAUUUAAUUUUUCAAAUAUGAAAAGGUUUCAGAUUUUGUUUAGAUUUAUAUCACAUUAAACACUGUCAAAUAAAGGCUGUUUUUAUAUGCAUCGUUGAUGUUCCAAAAUGUGAAGUCUAAAUGGUGUCUGUAUUUCCAAUUAUUAAAUAACUUCUAAGAUCAUUUUUAAAAGUCUGUAGAUGGUAUGGAUAGCUAGUUGUUUGUUAAUAUAAAGUAAAAGUAGAUAGCUGAUUUAUGUUGUACCUAUGUCGUAUGUAUAUUAGGUAUCGUGUUGUCUCACUAAAGUGAAAGCAAACGAA